GCCAAGACGUUCAGCCGGAAGUAUUCUAAGCAACAGAGAAGGCUAAUUUAAGUUUUCUCGGAUAAAAACAGUGAAGUAUUACUCAAAUCAUCUGCACAGAUGAAUUCCGACAUGUAGGAGAGGUGGAUGGACUCCGUCAGCAGGAGGUCUGGGAUGUCAGAGGAACGCACCGAACUGGCAGCCGGAUAAAGACGUCGUCAUCCCGUUCCUGUUGUUUUUAGUGACUUCUUCUCUCUCAUGUCCUUAACACUGACGGCCAUGAGUGACAGCGCGGUGACCAGCGGCCAGCGGUCGGGGUCCAGGGAGGCCCAGGGUCACGCUCAGGGACCCUACGUUUCAGUCAUCACCAACAGAACCACCAACCUGUUGAUCCGGGGGGCCAUGCUGUUCUCUGUGGGGGUCUUCCUGGCCCUGGUGCUGAACUUACUGCAGGUGCAGAGGAACGUCACCCUGUUUCCUCCCGAUGUGCUCAGCAGCAUCUUCUCCUCGGCCUGGUGGGUGCCGCCCUGCUGUGGCACAGCCUCAGCGAUGAUCGGGUUGCUGUACCCAUGCAUCGACCGCCGGCUGGGAGAGCCGCACAAGUUCAAGCGCGAGUGGUCGAGCGUGAUGCGCUGCGUGGCCGUGUUCGUGGGCAUCAACCACGCCAGUGCUAAAGUGGACUUUGCCAACAACAUCCAGCUGUCUCUGACUCUGGCGGCGCUCUCCAUCGGCCUGUGGUGGACCUUCGACCGCUCCCGCAGCGGCUUCGCUCUGGGAGUGAGCAUCGGCCUGCUGGCCACCCUGGCCACACAGCUGCUGGUUUAUAACGGAGUCUUUCAGUACACUUCUCCAGAUUUCCUGUACAUUCGCUCCUGGCUGCCCUGCAUCUUCUUCGCAGGCGUUAUAACGAUGGGGAACAUCGGACGGCAGCUCGCCUUGUAUGAGUACAAAUUCCUUCAGGAGAAGAGCCAUCAGGACUGAGGACGGGGGGCUUCAUCGGGCUCUGACGGCUCUGCAGAGGGGCUGCAGACCACCCGUUGAGCACCCGAGGCUCCCGCCGGACUCCUGACAGUAUUUCAGCCACCUGGUGCUGCCUGGGCGGAGGCGGACGCUGACAGUGGAGGGGGUCCUUCCUCAUAGACCUCCAUGUGCCAAACAGCCACGUCCCAUCAUUUUCUCACCACACACACACACACACACACACACACACACACACACACACACACACACACAUACACUCACUCAGAAGGUGUCAAACAUGCGUCCGCAGCCCGCCGGACAGUCGACCAUGUCCUGUUUGGAACGACUGAAACACACAGACAACAUGAAGGGAGUAUUUUCCAGUGUCAUUAGCUGCUGUCGUAGUUUCUCCAGAGUCUCACACUCGUGUGAGAUCCAGACCUGAGCGACCGAUUGGGCCGCAGUGACGUUCAGAUGAUGGAGCCUGAGGAACAACAUGCUUUGUUUAUUUUUUUGGUAGAUUUUGCAUGAAGUGCAUUAAAUGUGAACAUUGUGAGAAUGUACUCGCACUUCUUUGGACUAAAACAAGGGAACAAAAUGAGUUGUUGUCAUUUUCAAAGCUUUUGAACGGUGUUAUUUUACGGAGUCGAGCUGAGUUUGGAGGUUUUCUUGAUGGCGGUCGAGUCUGUAGCUGCUUCAGCGUUCGCCUUCAUCAGGUCUUCCUCACAUGCACAGUAUGAGCUGCUCCCCCCCAAGUCAACCAACGCAGCGCUCUUCACUUCCAGGAGAUUUUUCAUUCCAGAAUUUAUGAAAACAUCUGAGACCUGACAGCAGAGGAAGAGGAGGAACACUGUGGACCUCAGUAUUUAUACACAUUUAGCUUUAGAGUCCAAAGAGGACGGCUUGAAGUCAUGCAGAAUUUCAUGGAAAAAGUCUCAGUUGUGAGAAAAAUGUGGAAUAUGGGGAGAAUUCAGAAUUUUAACUGAAAGAGAUUUGACAGAAAAUGAAAAAAAAAAAUUUGAGCAUUUUAAAAGAGUUUUCUCAGAAUUGAGGCUUUAUUGGAGAGAACUGUGACAGAGGGUGGUUAGUGGUUGAAGGCAGAUGAAGUUAUGAGGCUGCUGCAGAUUGAAAGUGUUUAAAAAGUCUCAGGAACUCCAAAACAUGACAGCAGCAGCACGUUCCUUGCGUUCUGAGAUUAAAGUGGCAACGAGGAUGAAGUGAAGGCUGGUUUCUGCAUUUCAUCUUUUCUGCAUCUUGCUCAACAUGAUGAGAAACCGUGUGGAACCUGAAGUGAUGUUACUGAAAGAUUUGAGAAACUUUUCUAUCAGUUUGAUUAGUUACAGCAUGAAAGCAAAGGUAGAGGUCAUCAUGUAGUUUAGACUAGGAUCUGGAAAACCUUUUUACUGCAUUGUGGGAGUGAACUGUUUUAUAUGGGCUCUGUAGCAAAUCUGAUGUUUUUGAAAAUCAGACUAACUUUUUUUAUUGUCUGAUGUUUAAAGGAUUAAAGUAACUGAAAGAAAAA